AUGAGCUCCGAUGAUUACUUCGAGGACGAAUUAGACUCAGCAUUCCUGAAUGAGGUUGAUGCAAUUGAGGCUGCACAAGUAUCUGCAACAAAUGGACGAAAAACCUCACCAGUGGAGCUACCCCCGACACGGCCGGUUUCGCCACGCUCAGUCAUUGAGAUCAGCGACUCUGACCCGUUUGACGUGUUUGACUUCGAUGCGGCUGAGCUGCAGGAUAUACACGAAAGAGAACAGAGGGGCAUCAGAGCCCCAGGACCUGUGGCUGGACCUAGCACGCUGGGCCGUACAACAUCCAAAACUACAGUACAGACCACUCUUUUCGGAGAGAUCGUACAAGAGGUUGCUACUAAGAGCAGGAGCAACAAGCCUCCAAGCAAAGCCCAUAUGGAACGCUCCAACUCGAGCUCUCGCAACCCGUUCGGAGAGCGCACGAGGAAGACCAAACGGUGGGAUCACACUGCAUUUGCGAAAACGGGCUGGAAGCAAUCAGCGGAGGACAAGGCCAAACGCAAAGCGAAAGCAAAGGCGUCUUUCGACCAUGAAUUUGGUGGCGGAAGUGAAGAAGAGGAACCUGUAGAGUUUGAACAGUUUCCGGCCCCAUUCGUACCUGUCGGACCUGUGAGCGCUAAUAAUCGUCCAUCGCCGAUGAAACUGCAGCCAGAUCUGUUGGCUGCCAAGCGUUGGAUGUAUCCCCUCAACCAUCCGAAGCGGGACUAUCAAUUCAACAUUGUGAAACAUAGUCUAUUUGAAAACACCCUCGUGGCGCUUCCAACUGGUCUCGGAAAGACAUUCAUUGCCGGUGUUGUCAUGCUAAACUUCUACAACUGGUUCCCAGAGGGAAAAGUGGUUUUCCUCGCACCGUCCAAACCGCUGGUUGCGCAACAAAUAGAUGCGUGUCAUAGGACAUGCGGCAUCCCAGGGAGUCAAGCAGCUGAACUGACCGGUGAGACGGCCAAGGCAAAACGACAUAGACUAUGGGCCGAGAAGCGUGUCUUCUACUUGACUCCGCAGACUUUGCUUAGUGAUCUCAUUUCUGAGAACUGUGAUCCACGGGAUAUCAUCCUUAUAGUAAUUGACGAGGCGCAUAAAGGAACCGGUGACUACGCAUACGCACAAGUCCUGCGAUAUAUGAUGGCCAAGAAUCCCCAUUUCCGAGUGCUGGCUUUGACAGCUACUCCGGGUAGCAACCCCGACGCAGUCCAGGCAAUUGUGGAUAGUCUACACAUUAGCCACAUCGAGAUACGCGAUGAGGAGAGCAUAGAUCUUCGCCCCUACAUGCAUAAGAAGUCUUCUGAGCAACAUAUUAUCAAGAUGGAUGAGGAUGUCGUCAGAAUCCGCGACUUGCUAGGAAAGGUUAUGCAGCCAUUGAUCAAGCAAGUGCAAAAUAACGGGGCAAUGAGAGGGAGCCCCGACCCGUCACUGCUACAUCCUUUCCGCUGCCAAGCGGCCAUUGGUGAACUUCGCGAACGCAGGGCUCCGGCCUGGGCAAUGGCAGCGGCCAGCAAACUUGGCCCCUUAGCUCGAGCGAUGGGAUACCUGCUUGAAGCCAGCACUAACAUGUGCUACGGCGUACUCAAUGGGAUUAUAUCUGGCUUUGAGAGCACGUCAGGGAAGAAGUCGAUCGGCCGGAGUGUUCAGGACAAAUUGCAGAAAGAUCCCGCGUUCGCUGCGCUGAUCAAGGAGGUUGAGGACCAGAAGAAUCGCGGCUUCUCUCUUCAUCCGAAGAUGGAAAAACUCCGCGUCUUGUUGGUGCAGCACUUCGCGAAAAACAUGCUCGACAAAGAGGAGGCGCAAGGCGAUUCCGCGCAGGCCACCCAAAUCACGGAGAGCUCGAGAGUCAUGGUUUUCGUCUCAUUUCGGGAGUGUGUUGAUGAAGUCGUGGAGGUGUUGAACAAGGAGAACCCCUUGAUCAGGGCCACGCGGUUCAUUGGCCAGGGAACGGAUAAACAGGGAAGAAAGGGUAUCGCACAGAGAGAGCAACUCGAGGUUAUACAGCGCUUCAAGGACGGAGAGUUCAAUGUUCUCGUGUCUACUUCCAUCGGCGAGGAGGGCCUGGAUAUAGGCGAGGUGGAUAUGAUUGUGUGUUACGAUGCCCAGAAAACACCGAUCCGUAUGCUACAACGUGUUGGUCGAACAGGUCGAAAGCGUGACGGUGCCAUACAUAUCUUGCUCGCCGAAGGCCGUGAGGAGCGCAACUGGGACAAGGCGCAAGACAAGUAUAAGGACGUCCAACACUUCAUUGUGCGGGCCGAACAACUCGAACUCUACGGAGAUGUCGAACGACUGCUACCCGAUCACAUCAAACCAGAGUGCUCCGAGCUGACGAUGGACAUCGAGGAAUAUGUCCGGGAGGAUCGUAGCUCUCGGAAGGGAUCACUCGCCAAUGGCAAUUCGCCGCAGCCCAAGGGAAAAAAACGCAAGCGUGAUGAUGAUCCUACACGCAAUAUUCCACCUGGGGCGGCCAAUGGGUUCCUGACCGUGUCACAGCUCCUUGUCAAGGGUGGUGGGUCGAAAAAGAAGUCUACGAAGCUGAAAAGUGUCGAGAAAUUUGAUGUCUUGGCUGGAGAGGACGACGAUGACGACCUCGAAAUUGAAGCAGGUUUGUUCGGUCCUCGCAGAGCUGCAUCGACAUCAGCAGCAUCAACCGUCAGAAAGACAGCAAAGGUCAAGCAUUCGAAGACUAUCGCAGCAGCGAAUGAUAGAAGAAGACCGAAAGCCAGGAAGAAAAAGAAGGCGGACGAGCCCACAGCAAGUCAACUGGAGAAUAUGGGUGUCGAAGACUCCGAUGACGAGGAAAUUCAGAGGGGUCUACAGAUCGAAGGCGGCUCGUCGCGCUUCGCUGGUCCAAGUACUCUUCAACGUACACCAUUUCCUCCAAAGCAGCACCGAUCUCCCAAGCGAAGGCGAAUCUCUCUGGUGGAUCGUAAGGUUAUCGACAUCACCACUCCAGAUCCUUCGGAUUGCGAGAACUCACCUGCAAUGUCACUCCAUUCUUCUCCGGAACAGCCUCUGAGGUCCAGAAGUACGAGUACAUUGAGCGGUGACCAGGUCCUUGCUACGUUGUCUAAUCCAUCAUCUUCGCCUCGCAGCGCUUCUGUGUCUCAUCAUCAAGAUAUGGCGGACAUGUCCUGGUUGAUUGACGAUGAUGAGGAGCCGCAGCUGCAGGUUAUUGACUCAUCUCCUCUUGACCAACGCGCUCACCUGUCGGAAGCGAUGUAUGCCGCUAAACGUGACAUUGACAUGCAAGAGGUUAAGUAUGUAACAGACCUCGAGCUGUCUUCUCCCCCGAGAGACCUCAGACCUUCUCCAGUGAAGCGAGCCGAACGCAGUCGAAGGCUUGGUGGAACCAACGGUGACAUGCCACCGCCUGCUUCACCCUCUCGUUUGAUAAUAUCACCCCCAUCACUUUCAGACGAAAUCUUUCCGGAACCCUCGUUUGCGAUCAGAGCUCCGGGGAAACAGAAGAAGAUGCAAGCCGCGGAAGACGUCAAUUCGUCACCGUUAGCAAUGCCUCCGCCGUCUCAGCGUCGCCUGCAACGUCAGCGAGACUCGCCUCGUCCAGAACCUGUGCCUCCGCCGGCCAAGCAGAAGAAGCGGAAAUUCAAGGACGUUGUUGAAGCGCAGAAGGCGGUCCCAUGGAUUGACGUAGAGGCGACGCAUUCGGGCGACGAACGGAGCGUGGGCUCCUCUGAUGCUGAACAGCCCGAGGAUGAAUACGAGAGGGAUUUUGUUCAAGAUCUCCCGGAGACACAGGUGUCGCCUUCGUACGACCAGUCCGCUGUGUAUCGCCGGAGUCUCUUCACUCAGGCCCCGGGAAGGGGACAUGCAGUACCCGCAUUUGCAAGUCGGCCGGUCAGACGAGGAUACGGUGCAUACACUCGUGCUGGCCCUUCCUCUCAUGUGCGACACAUCCCUUCCAGUUCACCCUGCAAUGACGGAGACGACUACUACGAAUUGGGCAGCUUCAUCGUUGAUGAUGAGGCGGACAUUAGCUCUAGAGGACAUUCUUCAAGCGAACCUUGA